UCGGACAGAGACAAGACCUCUCGCUCAGCCGCCAAAGCAAAGAAUGUCCGCUCGCAGCAGAUAAUGCGCGUAUCCCCCUCCGACACGCGACCCCAAGAUAUCCCCGAGGAUUCGGAGCCCCCCAAGGACGUCCCACGAAGCCAUACGCCUGGGCAUCUGUCAACAAAGAGUCAUGAUAGAAGGAAGAAGACCUCGGAAUUGACACUGCGGCAACGGUCGCAGUCAAUGUCGCAUAAAGAUUCCAGUACUUCGUCUCCUAAAUCGUCCAAGCCGCCCUCUACACACAGCAAUGGCAAUGCUACCCCAAGGCCAGACAGUGCUUCUUCAGCAAGCCGCGCACCAGCUCCUGCUGCCUCAGCGUCAAGUCUCAAUAUCAAUAACCCAACGGCAGCACGACCUCUCAAUCUGCGGUCCACAUCAGCAAUCGCACCAAAACCCUCCCAGGGUAGCCCCUCACCCGCGAUUUCACGAAACACAACGCCCUCCCAACGAGGCCCCGCUCAACACCGCUCAUACAUCGCAUUCCCUCCUCUGCCUUGUCCGAAGACUGCUCCUGACGUACCGCUUGCCCCGGCGUCGGGAAUGUACUGGUCCCUUGCCCCUGUUUCUGGGACAGCUCCAGUAUCACUGCGUGCACAUACGACGACGUUGAUCGGUUCAUCGAUUUAUAUCUUUGGUGGAUGCAGCUCCCUGUCGUGCUUCAAUGAGUUAUAUGUUCUGGAUGCAGACUCAUUUUACUUCUCAGUUCCCCACGUAUGCGGAGAUAUUCCAGUUCCGUUGCGGGCCAUGACAUGCACAGCUGUAGGAAAGAAGCUAAUCGUAUUCGGUGGGGGGGACGGGCCUGCAUACUACAACGAUGUAUAUGUCCUCGACACAGUAAACUUCCGCUGGUCGAAACCGCACGUUCAGGGCGAUGGCAGAAACGGAGACCGCUACCCCUCAAAGCGACGAGCGCACACGGCCUGUCUAUACCGGAACGGGAUUUAUAUAUUUGGUGGGGGAGAUGGCGUCCGCGCUCUCAACGAUGUGUGGCGCCUUGACGUCGCGGACACGAAUAAGAUGUCUUGGAAAUUGAUCUCGCCGCCCUCGACCCCCUCCUCUGAAGACAGGACAGUCCCCAAAGCCCGUGGCUACCACACGGCGAAUAUGGUGGGCUCGAAACUCAUUAUCUAUGGGGGCUCUGACGGCGGCGAGUGCUUCCGCGAUGUGUGGAUCUUUGACGUGGCUACCUCGCUCUUCACUCCUGUUUCCAUCCCGCCCUCCGCAUCUUUCCCCCGCCUCUCCCAUACGGCGACAAUCGUCGGCAGCUACCUGUUUGUAAUCGGCGGCCAUGACGGUGUGGAGUACUGUAACGAGGUCCUGCUCCUGAACCUGGUGACGAUGGUCUGGGACCGGCGGCUGGUCUACGGGGCGAAGAUGAAAGCCCGCGGGUACCACGGGGCAGUGCUGCACGAUAGCCGCCUCGUGGUCGUCGGGGGUUUCGACGGCGCGACGGUGUUCGGCGAUGUCUGGAUCCUCGAGUUGGCGGUCCAUGCUUAUUAUAGCCAAAUCAGCCAUUUCAGCAUCGAUGUUUAA